GUGGUUCGAGUAACAACGUCCACUGGCUGGAGUCCGCGGCGCUUGGCGCCACAGUCACUUUUCCAGAUCUGGGCGCACUAUGGACACCUCGUCAGAGAUGCUGGUACGGUUUGGACGACGCUGUGGACAGGCGAAGGAAAGUACAGAAAAAAGAAACUCUGAAGAAGAUCAAGUUCUCUAUCCGCCUCUUCUGCCUAGCAAAGUAGAUCUCCAGCAGGUCACCAUAAUUCCACACAAUGAGUGGAAAAGGAUUCAAGAUAGCCUUGACAGGUUGACAAGAGAAGCAGCAUGCCUCCGUGCAGAAAGAAAGGCAAAGAAAGAAAUGCAUUUGCGAUCUCAAGAGGUGGUAAAACACUGGACUAAUACAUAUGCAGGGAUGAAAGAACAGAAACUUGAAGCCAAAAAGAAGCGCGAUGAAGAAAUAGAGGCAGAAAGACAAAUUCUGGAUCUGGAAGAAGAAAUACACAAACAAGGAAAAAGAAAAAAGGCCAUCGAAAAUGCAAAGCAAUGUCAAUUUUACCAGACAGAAAGAGUGAAAAACUUUCAUUCAGGACUUCUUCUUAGUAGAGUUAUGAAAGAACGUGAUGCCCAGAUUGAAUUCCGAAAGAGUACGAUAAAAUCAGAUAAAAAAUGGGAGGAACAAUUGAAGCUCAACAUUGAAAAAGCUUUUAAAGAAGAACAAGAAAAAGCAGAAAAACGACACAGAGAAAGGGUGGCUCUUGCCAAAGAUCAUCUAAAACAAAUAAAGGAACAUGAGGAAGAAGAAGAAAGAAGGAAAAAGCAUGAAGAAAAAGAUGCCGAAGAAAUAAAGCGCCAGAAUGCAUUGUAUGAAAUUGAAAUGAGAAAAAAACUAGAAAAGAAAAGAGAAGAGAUGCAUGAAAGCAGGAGACGGUUUCUUGAACAUAUGCAGGAUAAACAUAUUAUCAAAGCUGUAGAACAGCAGCAGCAAGAGGAAGAAGAUGAAAAGAUUAGAAAAUUUAUCAAAGCAAAAAAGUGUCUUAUACAAAUGGGGAAAGAAAAAGAAGCUGAAACACACAGGCUUAUGGAGAAACGAAGAGAAAGAAUACAUAACUUCCUGAGUGAACUAUUGAAAGAGAAACUUGACAAUGAAGAUAUGAUUAUUGCUAGAGAUAUUGCAGAAGCUGAGGCUGAAUGGGAAAAAAGAGAAAGAGAAAAAGAUGAAAAAAACAAAGCAGAAUUAAAAACAAUUGCAGAAUAUAGAGCCAUUGUGAUGAAAAAUAAAGAGGAAGAAGAAAGACAAAGAAAAAUAGAGGCUAAAGAACAAUUGCUGGCUGUCAUGAAAGCAGAUCAAAUUUUCUGGGAACAUGAAAAGGAGAAAAAAUACAAAGCUGAUAAAGAACACCGAGAGGUUCAAGAUGCCCAUAUUCAGCAAAUGGCCAAAAAUAAGUUUAAUGCAAAGCAAGCAAAACAAGCAGAAUUAGAUUAUUGCAAACUUACUGAAGCUCUUUUGGCUGAAAAGGAGAAAGAAUUUCAGGACUAUGCCAGAGAGGUAAUUGAACUUGAAUCGGAAACAGCAAAUAAACAUAUUUACCCUCUUGUAAAAGCUGUACAGGAAGGACCUGGAGGUGGCCAUGGACCAGUGCUUGUGGACAGAGGUGGACUGAGACCCAGCUAUCAGGCAAAUGAUAUUACUGGAGUCCAGCUCCCUUUUUAUAACUCUCAGGGACCAAAAUAUAAUUUUCAGAAGUCAAAGAGAAGGUUAGGUUUUACAUGGUAGAAAAAAAUUAUUUUUAACAUUGAGAAGACUAAGUUGUAGCAUAUAUGAGCUUCACAUGUAAAUGGAUUUAUGUUAAUAAAGCUGUUCUUCAUCUAAGUAC